UAAUCUAACUUUCUAUAAUACACAACAAUUCGAUAUUUUAAUUAUGCACAUAAAAAAUCAUUUAUCUAUUAUAUUAGUGAGUUCAUUUAAAUCCCUUCGCAAUAAUUUAAUAUGCUAUCAAAUUAUUGCAAACAAUGUGGCAAUCGUCACGAAGAUCAAGAAUGUGCAGUAAACUCAACUGUGAUUGAAUGGAAAUACGAAGGAAAUCUCGUUACCUUAUAUGGGUCCUGGAGUCACUUCCAAGUUGGGUACCCAAUGGUGAAAUCCAAUUUCUUACAAGCCGAAAUCAAUCCGCCCUUACCUCCAGGUUACCAUUAAUACAAGUUCAAUGUUGAUGGGGUUUGGAAACAUGAUCCCAAUGCAGAUGUAAUUUACAAUAAUUUCGGGACUCAUAAUAAUUGGUUGGAAGUCGUACCAAGGAAGUUGAUUCAAGUGGAUAGUUCUGAUGAUCAGGAGCCAAACUCAGAUGAAGAUGUUCAGUUUAGAUAAAACUAUAAACAAGACUUAAUGAAAGUAAAGGUACGCACCUACUUGGACUGGAAUGAGAUGUUUGUGAUGGGCUCUUGGGAUGAAUGGAAGCAACCAAUCAAAUUGAAUAGAAAGUUUUUGGGUUUCGCAAAGAAGUACAUCAAUUACGCGUAUUUACAUCUGGCCCCUGGUUCAUAUCAGUACAAAUUUCUCAUUGCAGGAUAAUAUGUCUAUGAUGAAACUCUGCCCACAGUCGAUAACAAUUUCUAAUCCAAAAAUAAUAUCCUUCAUGUCAAUCGAAAAUAACUCCAUUAUCACCCCCAAAACUAUGACAAUGUCUACUUCACUCAAUACUAAAUCCAAAAGAAAUACGAAAGAAUCCAUGGCUUAACUAUGACUGGCAUUGGAAAUGAAUUCUACAUUUUUGGUGGUCGAGGAACAGGCCAUAACUUCAAAAAUGAUCUUCACAUCCUCAAUCCCAGAACAAAAGAACUUAGAGUAGUAGAGGACACCAAAGGACCCAUCCCUGAUCCAAGAGCAUUCCAUAAUGCAAUUAAAUAUGGCAAUAAAAUAAUCUACUAUGGCGGACUCAAUUCAGACAAAGUCUUUGAUGAUUAUUAUGUCUACAACACAACCUCAAAAACUUGGAUCCAAAGCAAACCCAAAGGAUAGCUCCCCUCUCCAAGAGAAAAAGCCUCUUUGACUUUGCUUUCCAACUACCAAUCAUUAAUCUACUUUGGUGGAUACUAUUGUAGUCACGACCUUGAAGUGCAGAAGACUUACAAUGAUAUUUAUUGUCUUGAUCUAACCACCAUGAUGUGGACUCAUUAUGAUCUAGAUGAGCAUGCACUCAAGCCUCCCCCAAGAUCUGCCCAUUCUGCCACUCAAAUCAAAGACAAACUCUACAUCUUUGGAGGACAGUCCCUUCCUGAAGGACAUUACACUCCCAAUUUUAAUGAUUUGUGGAUUCUGGAUUUCUCAAAAGAAGCCAGUUGGGCCAAUUUGACUCCAGUUAUGAAGGGAGAACCCCCUUCUUCCAGACAUGGACAUUUAGGAAGUGCUUUGGGGGGCCACUUGUUCAUCUAUGGAGGAAGAGGUGAGCAUUCAAGUGAUAUUCUCGGCGAUCUCUAUCAUUUCAAUCCAGAUACUUUGGUUUGGACUAAACCUAAAAUACAUGGAACCAUACCCAUUCCAAGAUGUUAUUGUGCUGCCGAUACCAUGGGAAGUGGAAAUGAAUUGUGGAUUAUUGGAGGACACAAGGGAAACAUGAUUUUCAAUCAAUAGUAAUAAUUCUAUUCAUUUCUAUAGAAAUCAAACUCAUGUUUAUGUCAUGUCAUUUGA